UAUGUACGCUAUUCUCAGAGGUUCGCUAGCAGUCCACGUGAUUUUUGAGACAGAAAACGAGAAGGAGUGUUACGGUAAAGUGGAAGCUGCCAUGACCAAGAAAAAGUUCAACCGGAACGAUUUGGGAAACGAAGUGGCACAGAAAGUGUCUCUGUGAAGGAUUUUAUAGAGAGAGAGUUCCAGGACAAAACGCAGUUUGUGGAGAGGAAUCCUUUGUUCAGGUUCCCUUGAGAUGACCCUCGGCCUUGACACGUACAUCGAGACAGCCGUGUCCCCGGGCGAGUGCGAGCUAGUCAUGCUCAAAAGGACGCAAUUUGAGCGCAUGUUCAAGCGGAAGUACGCAGCUACUACACUAGAGAAACUCCGCGAAGCACUGGCUCAGAAACUAUGUCUCUAUAUCUACCAAUCGGAGCCGCAGAAUACGGCGUUUUUGAAAUUCCUCAAUAUGAAACUGAUGGACGCUACUGUACUGCAAGAGGUAAAGAAAAGCAAGCAUGCGCGCGCCCGACAGGAAGCCAAUAUAGGUCAGAUCAGUGAGACAAGGACUGUGGAGGAAAAGGAUAUAGCUAACGUACUGAAACGUCUGCACAUGAGUAGCGAGAGUGCGGCACAACUACCCCCUGAAGACAUGUCAGAGCUGGCUCUGGCUAAGAUGGACAGACGGCUAAAGCUGUGGAGUGAGAAGACGAAUAUGAACGGAAGUAAACUGGCGGAGCUCCAGUCCUCUACACUGCAUCUGAAUCUCGGCGACAACGCAGGCUGACCAGAGACACUAUUGACGAGUCAGCCGCCAUUUUGUUCUACACCACUACGCAAAUCCGAAGCCAUUCUCAAGCUCACCGCAAAAACCUGGAUCUUUCUGACGUCACUGGAACCUAUAAAACUAUAUACAGGGAUCAGGGGAAGCACUCCUCAUAUAUCCAUUUUGAGAGUAUUAUUUCAUGUUGGUAUUUACAGUACAAUGAACUUACAAUGGCUGAAUACAUAAGAGAAAGAGGGCAAGUUAUGAUGAUAUGCUACCGAUUUAACUGAAACAGUAUACUGCACCUUGGGGCAUUAAUUGACUUGCCGUAAGUGCCUCGCUCUCCCUGGAUAAAAAGGGGGCAAAAGAGGCAGAGGCAAAACUAGACCUGAACUUUUUCUGAGUAAUAAUAUUAUAAUAGUAUUUUGCAAGUACGUUGAUAGCAAUGAAUGAAUAUGCCAUUGUUGAUGCCAUUACUGUAUCCUGCUGUCUACUUGUCCACUCUAUCGAUUUCUUAGUUAUUGUAAACACCAGUAUUUUGUUGGUGCACACACACACACACACACACACACACACGCGCGCGCGCACACACACAUACACACACACACACACACACACACACACACACACACAACUUAGACAACUGGCACUGUGAAGGAGUACACAAGAGUGUGAGCCUGCAAACUUUAAUUAGAUCUAUACGAUUUCUGAAAACUUAAAUGUAAUUAAUGUGACGGGAAGAGGUUUUUGUAUAUUUUAGCUUUUCAUAAGACUGAAGAAACAACUUUACUUUUACUUUUAUCCGCAACUUAUACCCUUUUGAGUGUCGUGGGAAGAAUCAACAACACAAAGAUAUUUAUUAUGCACCAUUGCAGCUUGUUCACGUUCGUCUGUCCACGCUGAAAAACAAAUUCUAUCUCAUUUAUUGUUAAUUGCGUGGUAUCCGGCAGGCCAGCGACCAAACAAAAACAUUUUCUUCUAAGAAUUUUUAUCCAGCAGUACAAAAAAAAUGUCUAUUUUGGGCCCUUCAUCAAACCCCGCGGUCAGACGAAAGUGAACAAGCAGCAGCAAAUUAAGCUUGCCGUUACAACAGAACACAGCAAAUAAUGCCGCCUUUAACAGCCUAGAGAAGUGCUAAUUAAGUCCUACCAUUGACUCUUUACGUAUGUAUCAAAGUUCGAGUAAUCUGUAUUUUGGUGAUACUUUAGCUCUUACACAACCAACACUCUGUGUAUUGUGUCGUCAAAUCAGCAUCAAUGAACCACGGCAGUGUGAAGGAAAAACUCGUGAAGAUUUUUAUGAACUUGAUAUAUAUAUAUAUUUACUUCAAUGUCGGAGCUCGUAGGUUCAAAGGAAAAGUUAGACCCUGUAGGGAAUAUAAUUCUAAAACGCUAUGCAUUUAUUUCCACGACCUGGAGAAAACAGUGACAAAGGAAAUGGAAUAUUAUUAUUAUUGUAAUACUGGGAACAUAAUAAUAAUAUGAAAUGUUCCAAGCUGUAUACUUUGUUAAGGGGCUUAACACAGUUUUUAAUUAAUCAUAGAAUGUUAUUUUUAAGAUAAAUCAUGGUUAUCUCCCUUACUGAACUUGUUUUUUUUUCUUAGUAACAUUAUUUUGUAGGUAUGUUGCUAACAAUGAAUAAACAUGCCAUUAUCGAUGCCAUUACUG